GACGUAAUUAAAGGUGCAGCGUUCAUUAGGCGUCAACACAUGUGCGUCCGCCGUAGCCAUGCGUUUUGAGAUUAAAACAAACUUAAAUACUAGAAAUUUGUAGUUAUUUGUAAACAUAAAAAUGCCUAGACACGUUUCAUCAUCAUCAUCAUCAUCCAGCGAAGAUGAAGAGGACAAUAAUACGGCAGAAUCCCCCGUAAAGCAAAAAGAAACCGAUAAGAAGACCACCAGGUUCCAGUGUCCUCCUGAAUUUGUGUCUUUCUGCCAUAAGCCCUGCAAGACAACUCUGACAGAAAGUCUGACGAACAAUAAUGAGUUAUGGCUCAUCAAAGCUCCUGCUAGCUUUAACCCAGAAUGUUUCAGUGGCAUUAAGUUGCCCCUCUCAGGUCUCCAGACCGUGAAGGUCCCUACCGCUGCAGGCGGAGCCAAUACUAGGGGUGGCCAGCAGAUCUACAGCGUCCUGGCAUCCACCCACGGUACCUCAGACCUCCGCCUGCUCACCAGCGACAAGCAGUCAUCAGAUGCCGUGGUUUUUGGCCCUAUGUUUUCAGGCCUGUUAAAUGUGUGUGAGAGCUUUGGAGACAGCAGAGCAAACCUGGCCCCUCAGGUCAUCCCCGCAGCUCCAGCACCCUCCAUACCCCCAGGGCUGAAACAGCGCUUCCAUCCGUUCGGCAGUAAGACCCCCACGCUGACCUGCGUGGCGGAGAGUGAGGCGGAUGGAGCCGCCUUCGGGCCCUCGUCUGCAACUCUCCGGCCCCUGGUAGUCAAACGUUUCAUAGAAGAAACAUGGCGGGAGGAUGAGGCAGAGGAGGAGGAAGGGAGGAAAAAGAAGAAGAAGAAAAAGAAAGAAAAGCAAAUAAAGUCAGAACGUUGGGAGGAAGCAGAGGCGCCGGGGGUGGUGAGAGUGAAAGAGGAACCUGUAGCUGAAGUUCAGGAUGAAGUAAUGAUGGAGCUUCCCUUCCAGGGGGGCGACGUUUUGGAAGAGAGGAGGAAAAAGAAGAAGAAAAAGAGGGACAAGGAGCGAGAGGACAGGGAGCGAGGGGAGGUGGAGGAGGGCUUGGAGCCCAGUGUGAGGGUGAAGGAGGAAAAUGUAACAGUGAAAUGUGAACCAAUAGACACUUUGUAUGGUGAUGUUGUGGAGGGCUCGGGAAAGAAGAAGAAAAAGAAGAAGAAAAGCAAAACCGAUGACGACUAGUCUAUCGUCGCUUUGAUGUUUUGUUUAUAUUUUGACCUCAUGAGCCCAUCUGGGAGCCAUUUUACUAAAACUGACUCCGUCAUUUUGAUAGAUUGCCUAAUGCAAGGCUUGCUUUGGCAGGACAUUGCAUUCCGAAAAAAAAAGCGCACAUCCUGAAUCA